CCUUGUUCUUAUUUGAUGGAAUGAAUAACUCAGAACAUUUAUCAAGUAAAAAGAUGAUUAAAUGUAUUGGCAGACUUUUGAACAGGUCAAACCGGUGUGUAACCCAAAGACAAAACUGGGUCAGAGAUAGAGGGCCAGAGAUGUAAAAGAGAUGGUGAGAGACAUUUGAGAAAAAUGUUCAGAAUCGUUAUUUAUUGACUGAGAAGGAAACAGAAAUAUGGCAGUGCAUCGUGAGGAAGAGAGGAAAACAUGCUGGGUGUGUUUUGCGACUGAGGAUGAUGACAGUAGCGCCCCCUGGGUCAGACCAUGUCGGUGUCGGGGAACAACCAAAUGGGUCCACCAGUUUUGCCUUCAGCGGUGGAUUGAUGAGAAACAAAAGGGAAAAAGCACCACGAAAGUCGCAUGUCCACAGUGCAACACGGAAUACAUCAUUGUCUUUCCUAAACUUGGUCCAGUGGUGUAUGUGAUGGACAUAGUUGAUCGUAUUAUUUAUAAGGUCUGCCCCUUUGUGGCGGGGGGCAUCGUGGUAGGAUCUGUCUACUGGACGGCAGUGACAUAUGGUGCUAUAACGGUGAUGCAGGUUUUGGGUCACAAAGAGGGUCUAAAUGUAAUGGAGGGAGUGGAUCCAAUCUUUUUAUUGAUCUGCCUUCCCAUCAUCCCUGUGGUGCUUAUCCUGGGUAAGAUGUGUCGCUGGGAGGAUUACGUUCUCAGACUGUGGAGGAAGCAUGUGGCCAAAAUCCCCUUCCUACAGAACAUCUUAUCUAGUGUUGGUGCCAGAAAUCUGCGUGUUCCUGCGGAGACAGUACCACUCUCAGAUCCAAUCUCUGCCACAAGGAUGUUGUGUGGCGCCCUCAUCAUGCCAACCAUUGCCACCAUCAUGGGGAAAAUCAUGCUUGGAUCUGUCCACUCCAACUUCCAGCGCACACUACUGGGUGGUGUAGCUUUCACAAUACUUAAAGGAGCACUGAAGAUUUACUAUAAACAACAGCAGUAUCUACGCCAGGCAAAUCGCGUUAUCAAAGACUACCCUACCGAGGAAAACACGGCAUCGUCUGUGUGACUAUAGAUAGUAAUACAUGUAUGCGUGGACUUAUCUGGACCUAACAUUGCCAACAGAAAAAAACAACAAAUCAAACAAAAAGAAAAACAUUUAACUAGUGUUUAGAAGUUUAUCCCAACAGUUUCAUUGUAAACUAUACAGUAUACAAAUAGCAAGGUCACAUGAUCAUCUCGUACAGUAGAGAAUGAGCAGAAGGGAGAUAACUCUGCUGUGACGUGUCCUGUAAAUCUGCACCUGGUUGAUAAAGUAACGGUAGAAAGUGACAAGUAUAGGUGACAUUGUGAUAUUAUGAUACCAUUGUCUGAUAUUUUCUCAGUAUUUUUAUAACUGUGUUAAUUCAUUUGUAUUCACUUUUCAGACCAGUGAUACUGUAAUAAUUUUAUUUUCUCAGUAUUUUCAGGAUAAACUGAGUAAAGUCUUAAUAUGUAAUUAGCUUCUUAUAUCAAUGUCUCGUUUAAUGCUAACAAUUUGGCAAUUCAUAUGUAUAUUUAUAGAUUUGUUGAAAUUUUUCUAAGUGAUGAAGGUCAAAUGUAUAAAACAUACAAUAAUAUGUUGCCUAAAUUGGUGAACAACUCUGAAUAUUGUAAAUUAAACUAGCAUCACUUUUGAUCAUGACUGGCAACCACGUCUUAAUUAAUUUUUGAUUGGGACAUAAAUCUAGCAAAAAUUUCCUUAGGUCUAUAAUUCUAAUUUUAGAAAUUCAAAUUAAUACAAUAGACUAUGUUAUUCUUAUUCUUGCAUCUCUGUAAUGCUGUGUUUAAUAAGGACUUUCACAAAUGUGAACAGUCAAGAAAAAUGGAAAGGUUAAAAAAAAACUUUGCUUGCUAGGUUUGUUAUAACUAAUAAUUAUUGAAUCAUAUAAUUUACAAUUAUUGUUGUUUUUGAAGUCAAUAUGAUGGUUUAGGCUUUCUCUUAGAACAAUAUUCACCUCGACCUUUUGGCUUGGUGAAUAUUGUAUUCCCCAGGAGGCUAACCAUUUUUUUUUUCUAUUUUAAAAUAUGUUAUUUAAUUUGUAUGAUCUGUCAAGAGAAGCAUAUAGGGGAAAACAAUGGGAAGGGAACUGAAUAGAAUGUAAGAGCUACAGUCGACUUGAGAUGUGUUAGAUUUUAAUAACACAAAGUUUCUUUAAGUGUGACCCAAAGAAGAGUAAAAAAAAGGGGGA